CUUCUUUCUUCAACUAUAAAAAUUCCCUCUACAAUACUUCGCAAGAAGGAGAGAAGACGAUAGGAUUUCCGACGGUGUCUUUCCGAGUAUCAAAGCACAGAAGAAUAUAUUUGAAAUGGAACGCAUAGCGAAAGUUGCGUCACAGAAGGCGGUGGUGAUAUUCAGCAAGAGCUCAUGCUGCAUGAGCCAUGCAAUCAAGAGACUGUUUUACGACCAAGGAGUGAGCCCCGCCGUGUACGAGCUCGACGAGGACUCAAGAGGUAAAGAAAUUGAAUGGGCCCUUUUACACCUUGGCUGCAACCCCGCCGUCCCUGCCGUCUUCAUCGGUGGCCGAUUCGUUGGCUCCGCCAAUGCUAUCAUCACCCUCCACCUCAAUGGCUGUCUCAACAAAUUGCUCAAAGAAGCCGGAGCUCUUUGGCUUUGAUAUUCUCCGACGUACUUGACUUUCUGAUGUGGUGUAUUUUUUCUAGUCGCGCUCGUAGAUUUUAGUAGAGUUGACUUGUUUAUUAGACCAAUGAAAAUACACCACGUGGGUAAGAGAAUAGUAGAUGACAUAAGCUAAGUUUACUUUUUUUUUUUUUUUCUUUUUUUUAAUUCAUGAGGUUUUUCCAAAGGGAAGUUACCAUCUAUGAAGAGUUUAAUACUUUUACUUCAAGGAUAUAUAUGGUAU